AUGCUGGACUGUAAGGAGGCUGCAACUCCUAUGGCAACCAACUAUUAUUUGGAUCUUGAUGAGGCUGGAAAGUGUGUUGACCAAAAAAUGUAUCGAGGUAUGAUUGGAUCCUUCCUUUACUUUACUUCCAGUAGGCUUGGCAUAAUGCACAAUGUUUGUCUCUAUGCUAGGUUUCAAUCUUCACCUAAAGAAUCACACCUAACAACUGUAAAAAGAAUUUUGAAAUACCUCGAAGGAACCAAAGACCUAGGACUAUGGUAUCCAAGUGGUACAAACAUUUUUCUUGAUGGGUAUAGUGAUUCUGAUUUUGGAGGUUGUAAACUAGACAGAAAUAGCACCAGUGGCACAUGUCACUUACUUGGAUCAUCCCUGAUAUCUUGGCAUUCAAAGAAACAAGCUUGUGUGGCUUUAUCCACCGUAGAAGCUGAGUACAUAGCAGCUGGAAGCUGUUGUGCAUAA